AUGGCGUCGAGAUGCGUCGGCCUCCUCUUGCUUUUCCAGCUCCUCGCUCUGAAUGCAGUGAGCCACAUUUCUGGCUUCCCCACUCCGACUGCUCCAUCGGAUGAUAAAACUCUGUACAACAGGCAGCUGACAGAAGAAAAACCACUACAGGAGCAGAUGGUGGAGGCGGACAGCGUGAAGGCUGCAGUCCAGUCGGCUGAGAGCCGGCUUCCCACUGCAGCCAAGGACACCGAGUCUCAGCAGGAUAGUGAUGACUUGACCGUGCUCAAGUCCCUGGCCGACAGCCAGAAAUCUCAGGACUCCGCCAUGGCACCGGUGAAGAAGGACGAUCAGUACAUUCCCGAUGAGUCAGAUUCCACCAAGAGCCGGCGGCUGGCUGAGGACUACGACUCCACCAAGACCGGAAUGGACGAUGACGACCCAGAGAGCUUCCGUCAGGUGGACGGCACCAUGCUGACAGCUGAGGACAUCGUCCAGAAGAUCGCAAACAAGAUCUACGAGGAGGACGACCGAGGGGUGUUCGACAGGAUCGUGUCCAAACUCCUCAAACUGGGGCUGAUCACAGACGGUCAGGCAGACACGCUGGAGUACCAGGUGGCCGAGGCGCUCCAGGACCUCAUCACCAAAAACGCCAAGAAAAACGAGAUUGAUGACGCGGAGAGCAACGACCAGGAAAUCGGGGGGGAGCAGGACGACCAGGGUUCAGACGUCAACCUGGACACGUGGGAGCCUCCCAGGCGCCGCUACAACGAUGACGAGGAGGACGAGGCGGAGGAUGAAGAUGAGAUUGAGGACGAGGUGGACAGGGACGUGGAGGAAGACGGAGCGGACGCAGCAGGCGGCGCCCUGGACAAAGACGCUGCAGGAGGCAACGAGGUGAGCCCUGAGGACGGGCUCCAGGACCUGCAGUACUUCCCCAACUUCUACCGUCUGCUCAGGAGCCUCAACUCAGAGAAAGACAGUCAGGAGAGGGAGACACUGAUCACCAUCAUGAAGACGCUGAUCGACUUCGUGAAGAUGAUGGUGAAGUACGGCACCAUCACGCCGGAGGAGGGCGUGUCCUAUCUGGAGAACCUGGACGCCAUGAUCGCCAUGCAGACCAAGAACAAGCUGGGCAAGUCCCUCCUGCCUGACCUCAUCGGGCCCAACGGUAAACUCUUGGAUGAGGAUGACAACACCAAGGCCGAGGCCGCCAAGAUGCAGAAGGAAUACGAGAACCUGAAAGACUCAACCAAGGAGGAGCAGCCAUCAUCUGAGCCCAAUACACCCGGCAAGUCGGAGGCUUAUCUGGAGGCCAUCAGGAAGAACAUCGAGUGGCUGAAGAAGCACAACAAAGAGGAAGGCAAAGAUGAUUACGAUCUGUCCAAGCUGAAGGACUUCAUGGACCAGCAGGUCGACUCUUACAUCGACAAGGGCAUCAUCGCCAAGGACGAAGGAGACACGAUCAAGCGGAUCUACGGCAGCUUGUAAACACCAUCCUCCAUCCUCCAUCCCUCCUCUGGCCUAAAACACAGAAUCUGACCCCGAGAUCUCCGACAAAACCCUGAGGACUCAAAACCACCUGCUGAGUUGUUUCCCCUCUCAGACAUUCCCGAUAUGUAUGAAGGGAUUUAACGUUCCUAUGAAAGAAAAACAGAUAAUUCCCCUCAGCUCCCACAGCUGAAUAUAUAUGUACGCUGAGGUCAGAGUAAUAAUCUGUAGAAUAGACGAAUACUGAGACAAAUCCAAAUAUUUUGCAUAAAUAAACUCACACGUCCGACUAAACGCAAGCAUUUACUCUAAACCCGACUCCUGUGAGAAAUGAAUGUUGAGAGAAUCAUGCAGUAGAUUUCACAUUAAUCAGUUUCCAAAAACCUUUUGCUUUUGCAACAAAACACACAUAUAUCAAAUUGUACUCAUUAUGUGUAACCUGUCUUAGCCUAUUACCUUUAUUAUUUCCAGCGUAAAUGUAAGAUCGUGUUCUGGCUUUUUAUUUGACCAAAAAUAUAUUUGUUGUGUAUCAUGCCGGUGCCCUGCGUGUACUCCUUCUGUUCUGUUCUGCUGUACCCCCACUAGGGGGCGAUGUCUGUACCAUCUGCUCUCUGCAUGUCUCUGUGAGUUCAACAUUUAAACAUCUCUUUAGAGACACAAG